AUGCUGGUCGACGGUAUACCCCCAGAAAUAUUACUGCACAUUCUUUCUUACCUUGACCUCCCGGAUCUCGCAUCUAUCGCCCAGGUUUCGCCCCAAUUUGCCUUGCUUGCUUCUGACGCGGUUUUGCACACAAAUCGUCUCCGCAUCGUUACUCCGUCGCGGGUGAAGCAUGCUCUAUUCGGACGAAGCCCUGAGGGUAUCGCACUGCGGCCCUCCUUUUCAGACCUGAUUCACCGAGGCGUAAUGCGAGGUCUGAAUAUUGAGCGACGAUGGAGAAUGGGCUCGUAUGUGUAUACUCUUGGCUCCAUCAUUCAAUACGAAUCAAGUUUGCGUCUCUCUCGUCGUCACGUUGGACGUGUCGUUUCGAAACAUCUUCUGCGACGAUCUUCCGCGCCUGACAACGCCCCUCUAAAAGGGCUGUAUCAGUCCCAUGUAUUACCGGAUGUGGAGUCAUCUUCGCUCACCGUGUCUCGGACCCUUCUCCCCAUUAUGCACAAUCUUAAAUGGUCAUUCCAGAAAGACAAACUUGCCAAGAUGGCAAGGAAGGGCAGCGUCUGGGCUGGUGGUUUUACUGACUUCUCACAAUGGCUUGAGAACAGGGGUAAGGGCAUCGUGCCAGAUAGCGAGAGGGUCAGGCUUGCAAUUUGUCCGAAUGUGAGAAAGAUUGUUAAUGUUUACGAACAUCUCGCGCGCUGA